CUUUGCAAGAGCGUACCUAAUAUCAAAAAAGAAUUAUCUCGUUUCUUCUCGACACCUUUAAUUGAGUACAUCAUUGUAUUUGUACAAAAACUAGUAUCAAUAUAUCUGUAUUCUUUUCGAGAACAAAUGUCAUAAGUCGUCCCAACAUCGUCUGCAGGUCAUUGAAGGACCAACAGACGUCGAGCUUUAGCAGAUUUUUAUUUGUCAACCAUGGAUUUUUUCUAUAGAGCAGCCCCACGGGCUAUUGUAUUAAGAUAAAUUUGUCAGUCAUUAAUUUAAAGAUGGCCACUGCUGAAUCAUUGGCUGACAUGACAGAUGUCUCUCAAAUUCUAAAACAAUGGGAGGAAGACCAAAAUUCACCUACUUACGAUCCAAUACCAACAUUACAACGCUUGGCUGAAAUAAUAGAACAAGAAACUGAAAACUAUCACAAAAUGGACCCUGAUCCGUUCGAUGAAAGGCAUCCCUCGAGGACAGAUCCAGACUGUAACUUUGGACAUAUUCUCAAAGUUUUGUUCAAAAAAGAUAUUUUUAUGACUAAGUUAAUAAAUGAUUAUUUAAGAGAUAAUUACUGGUUAAGAGUUGGUAUAACAAACAGAGAUGUAAGAGAAUUAAAUACAUCAGCCUGCCGAUUAAUGUUGGACAUUCUUCCGGGGCUUGAAACAUCAGCUGUAUUUCAGCCUGAUAUGGAGACUUUGAUUCAUAGGCUUUUUUCUUGGGCUGAAAAAAGUUCUGAACCACUGCAGAGCUAUGCAACAGGUUUGUUAGCUGCUGCUAUGGAAGUUCAAGAUAUUGCCACAGGUUUUCGUGAACAAAAUGGAAAAAUGGUACCUCUAAUGCUUAAAAGGUUGCACGAGUUACAAGAAGAGGCAGCGGAAGAAAGACAGCAAGCAAAUGCAUGUCGGCCUUUUGCUCACUUGGGCCAAAAUCGAUCAAACAGCGGCUUGUCGGACUCUGAAAAAAAAUCAUUUCCUGGAAAAAGAAAAGUGAAAGACAAAAAGCUGCUAAAUGGUUUAUUAAAAAAUGAGCCUCAGCUCUCGGAUUAUUCAUCGUCCGAGGGUGAGGCAGAAAAUGAUAACACUCAUGAAAAUCCAUCAUCGCCGCCCUUAAAACGAACCAGAUGUGAAAGUGAACAGGCAGCACCAGUAGAAAAAAGUAAUUUGUAUCUAGAACUUAUGUCUCCCCCUGCUACUGUACCUAUGAACACACCAAAAAAGUCUGUCAGCAACGCUCAGAACACAACGUCACCAAAAGAAAAAAAUAAUGAGUGCAAGGGUAGCUUUAAUUCUCCACUGACAAACCAAAAUUUGAAACUUCCUAAAAGCCCAUGGUCUAAGACACCCGGAAACAAAAACAACACUCCAUCCACAUUACUUGAAGGUAAUUCAAAUUCAUCUUGGGCUGAAAUGGAAUCUUAUGUUAUAGGAAAUAUUCAAAUUUAUCCACCAACUUUAGCUACAAGACAAAUGCUUAUUCUCAGGUAUCUAACACCUAUGGGUGAGUAUCAAGAGUUUCUAGGUCACGUUUUUGAACAAAAUUCUUUGGAGCUCAUCUUGCAGUAUGUAAACGUUCGCGAAACAAAGGAUAGUCGGCUUGCUUUUGAAGCCCUUAAGUAUUUAGCCUCACUGCUCUGCCAUAAAAAAUUUUCAAUAGAGUUCCUUAGUAUUGGCGGAUUGCAGCGAUUGCUCGAUGUCCCAAGGCCGAGUGUAGCAGCUACAGGUGUUUCCAUUUGCCUAUAUUAUCUAGCUUAUUGCGAAGAUGCCAUGGAAAAAGUAUGUCUGUUGCCAAAGCACGUGAUUACGGAUCUUGUAGCAUACACGCUCUGGCUGCUGGAAAGGAGUCACGAUUCGGGCAGGUGUCAUGCCACUAUGUUCUUUGGCUUUUCGUUCUCGUUCCGAGUAAUAUUAGACGAGUUUGAUGCGCAGGAUGGUUUGAGGAAACUUUAUAAUGUGAUAUCGACAUUACCACUUUUGAAUAUCGAGGAAGAGUCGUCUCUCAACGAAGACGAAGAAUGCGCUGCGCGACAAAUCGUCCGACACGUAGCUGUGGCUCUAAAAAAAUAUAUGGAAGCUCACCUGUAUUGGAAAGCAGAAUACCUCCAAAGAAUAGAAAAUGCAAGAACAGAGCGCGAGUCUUACCAACCGUCUCUGCCUCCUUAUAAGGCAUGUAAAUUGAGCACUGAAGAAGUCCAAGCAAAAAUUGAAGUGUUGCAAGAGUUGAUGAAUAUGAGGUCGUUGUGGCCACCUGUGGAACAGCUUCAUCGUUUAGGUGGCACUCACAUACUGUUUCAGAUUAUAGGCUGUAUUCGUGAUUGGAGUGCUGGUGGACGUGUAACAACAUCGACUGCUGAAACAGUACGUGCGUGCUUAGACGUAAUAGGAAUAUGCUCGGUAGUACCUAAAGUGAUGUUAUUGCUGUGCGAACGCGUUGAAACGCCCGAUACGAUAGUGACGAACGCAGUUAAUCUUCUACUUGCUGCAGCUGAGUGCGAAAUCAUCCAGGAUCCGGAUGUGCAGCGCGCGGCGUUGUAUACAUUGAUAAAUUGCGUGUGUGCGCCAACGAGUCGCGCAGGAGGUAAUCUUGCUAGGUACUCGGUCACAGGUUCGGCCAAAAAGAAGACUAAUGUGCACAGUAGCGAAGAGCUCAUACAAAAAAUCUGGGAGUGCGUCAGAUCGAACAACGGCAUCAUGAUACUGUUGCAACUAAUGAUGGUAAAAUUGCCGAUCACUGACGCAGACAGCAUCCGGGCUCUGGCUUGUCGAGCUUUAGCUGGCCUUGCAAGAAGUGAGAAAGUCAGGCAAAUCAUCAGUAAAUUAUCAAUGUUUGCUGAGGGACAGAUUCAAGCACUGAUGAAGGAUCCAAUACUUCAAGAAAAGAGGCAAGAGCAUGUAAUGUUUCAAAAAUAUGCUUUGGAAUUAAUAGAGCGUGUUUCCGGAAGAGCCAAGCCAACGGGUGCUGAGUACGAAAUUUCCUUAGCUAGUUUGCACAGGGCUAACGUGGUAGCGCAAACCAGAAUACAGUACAAUGAACAGCAGCUUUUCCAGCUUAUACACCAGCAUUUGCUAUCCAAGGGUUUAAUAGAAACUGCAGCAACUUUACAAAGAGAGGCAAACUUUGAUUCUUCAACAACAGUCGCUAAAGCCUUGGCGUAUCAACAAUCCUUUUGUUAUAGAAACCCAGUUUCAACAAGUCCAAGACCAGGUUUCUCUCCUGCAGCUUCUACUAAUCUGUAUAACACAAGGUGUACACAAAGAGAUGCGACGACACGUACAAACACAACUCCAACAACUUCGUCUCGAUUUGUCACGCACACUAGUGCAGUUUCUUGUUCUACCCCUGUUGUGAAUAAUUGCUCUACUAGGUUAAAACUCAACGAUUCUGCGAAUCAAAGUCCAAUUUUAAAUAACCAACCUGUCAAGUUGCAAAUCAACCCAAAGAAAGCUAUAGAUAAGCAGCAACAGCAGCUUUCAACGAGUCAAACUAAUGUUAAUUCUAAUACCAGUCAAAGUAACGUUCAGCUUGCAAACAAUCAAAGUCAGCAGGCUUUAUGUAGAUCGUUAAUGAAACAGAUUUCCCGUGAUUCUGUGGUAGUGGCCCCUGUUUUAGGAAUCUCAACCACAAAUGUUAAUACAAUCACGUUAGACUCUAUUAUAACAGAGUAUUUGACGAAUCAACAUGCGCUAUGUAAAAAUCCUAUGGUCACAUGUCCGCAGUUUAAUUUGUUAGAACAUCACAAAUGCCCUGACCCAUGUAAAAAGAAUUCAGCACCUCUAAACAUUGCUAUGAGACUGUCAAAGAGGCAAUUAGGAAUAGACAGUAGACGGCUGGACACAAGGUUUAUUUAUAGUCGUUUUUGUCCAGUCAAAACCUUCCGUCCUUCAGACAUUGAUAGCACUUUCACAUGUUGUACUUUUUCCCCUUGUCAAGAGUAUCUGUUCCUCGGUACGUACGCUGGAGAAGUCAAAAUGUAUAACACCAGGACAGGGGUCGAAGAAAACACUUAUACCUGUCACGAAUCAUAUCUAUCAAAUAUCGAGUGCAACAGGCGAGGUGAUUUACUAUUAACUUCGUCACCCUGGCGGUCACCAAUGUCAGCACUCUGGACUCUUGGAGCAUUUUUCGAAGUUAAAAUACAGAUGGAAAACGAAGACUACGCCGAAUUCAGUAAGCAGCAGGACAGGAUCGUUGCUACGUCGAACGAAGUUGCUACGAUAUAUGAUAUAAGUACAGGUACAAAAAUUAAUACUCUCACGCCUAGGAUAUCAAACCAAUACAAUAAGAACAAGGCGACUUUCAGUAUGAACGAUGAGCUGAUCCUUAGCGAUGGUAUUUUGUGGGACGUAAAUUCGGGAAAGGAAAUCCACAAAUUCGACAAAUUAAACCAAACCUUAAAUGGAGUGUUCCACCCAAAUGGUACAGAAGUAGUAUCAAACACUGAAGUCUGGGAUUUGAGAACGUUUCACUUGCUGAAGACAGUACCAGCACUGGAUCAGAUGAACAUCAUUUUUUCACCAUGCAAUAACAUCAUAUACGCGUUCUCGAUUGAUCAGGAAAAUGAAGAGGAAACUACGUAUGCGACGUCCUUCAAAACUCUUGACGCUUUUGAUUACAAUAGCAUUUCUACGUUCGACACAAAGCGGGGCAUUUACGAUCUUGCAUGCAAUAAAUUUGAUACGCAAAUAGCUAUUGUGGAAAAUUCCGGUGAAUUCGAUAGCAUACAAGAGUCGUGCAUUCGCUUAUACGACGUAGGAAGAUGUAGGAAUGACGAGGAUGAGGCUGAGGAAGAAGAGGAUGAUGAGGAGGAUAUGGAUGAUGGUAGUGAAGAUGAUGGUUCGAAUUCGGGGUCUGAUGAUAACAACGAUGGUGAUGGUGGUGAUGGAGGUGGAGACGAUAAUGGUGAAGGUGAUGAUCGCAAUGAUGGUGAUGAUGGCGAUGAUAACAGCGAUAUCGACGAUUCAGCAGAUGAAAGCAUAGAUUUUCCAGGAUUUUCGUCUGAUGAAUUUGGAAUGUCCGACGAGGAUGUUGAAAUAUUGUUCAAUUGAAAGGUCUUCAUGGCAAUGGAAUAAAGUACACAUGUACGAGAGCGCUGCGUGUCUUAUUUGUGACUUAUCAUUGCUAUCGACUCAAUGAUUGGACACCUUGUGUCAAGAUCGUAAAUAGAAAUGAUAAUUUAUGCUGGUAAUAUAAACCAGAUCCAUCGAUUGCAAGAUAACGUAGAGUAUGACAUUAAAAGCGAAACAUAACGUUUCAUUUGAUGCGGAUUUAAAAAAGUGUUUUUAAAAAGAUUUAAAUAAGUGUUUCUUGAUUACGUAUACCGUGUUCCCUCGAAUAAAUUAAAAACAAAUAUAUAUAUAUAUAUCGAAUCAAGAAAAUUAAAGUGGAGUGAUUUGUUUUUAUUUUAAGUAAGACUAUUAAAAAUAUUUUUAUAGUAGCAAGUGUAUUCUGUGAAUGUUUCUUGCUAAGUCGAUUUUAAUGGAAAAUUGAAGGUGUCUCAUGAUUUCUCAACAUUGCGUCGAUUAUAAUUAUUAAUUGAGAAAAAUGUCACGCGAAAGUGUAAAUGACUUUAAUGAAAGAAUAUUUUCUAUUUUUCCGUACGUAUAAUAGGAAAAUGCGCGUGAUGUAUCCAGAUAAUUUCAAUUUACAAAUGAAGUGAACGACUUUGUGUGUACAAACAAUUCCAAGGAGCUUGAUUUUUUUUUUUUUUUUCAAUUUCCCGAAAAAAGCGUGUUAGAAUGAGAAUUAUAAGUUACUUCAUAUAGUUGUCAUUAAAGAAAUGAGGUUCAUCCUCAAAAUAUGUGACGAUACCUUCAU